AUGGCCGAGGCCGCGCUCGCCGACGCCGUGGCCAUAGACCCGGACUUCGAGCCCCAGCAGCGGCCGCGUUCCUGCACCUGGCCGCUGCCUCGGCCGGACUCGAGCGCCGCUAAGCCGGACGCCCACGAUAUCAUCCCGGAGGAAGACGACGACGAUGAGGAGGGUGCCCACCACCAGCAUUCGGCCAUCAACGGUGGUGGCUCCGGUGCAAUCACGGACGACCAGAGUAGCGGCAGCCCGCUGGCCGACGGGGCGCUCUCGUCACCCGGCCAGGAGAGCGGCGGCUCCCCGCAUUCAGCGCACUCUCCACCGGCCAUCUCCGCAGUUUCCGGAGCGCUCACAUCGGGCAGCUUGGCAGUGCAGCAGACCCCCAGGAAGACUUCGUCUCGCCGCAACGCCUGGGGGAACCUCUCGUACGCCGACCUCAUCACCAAAGCCAUCGAGAGCGCGCCGGACAAGAGACUGACACUGUCCCAGAUCUACGAUUGGAUGGUCAGAUCCAUCCCAUACUUUAAGGACAAAGGAGACAGCAACAGCUCGGCUGGAUGGAAGAAUUCCAUCCGGCACAACCUGUCACUGCACAGCCGCUUCAUCCGUGUCCAGAACGAAGGAACGGGCAAGAGUUCCUGGUGGAUGAUCAAUCCAGAAGGAGGAAAGGGCGGCAAAGCUCCUCGUCGCCGCGCCGUCUCCAUGGACAACAGCAACAAGUACACCAAGUCGGCCCGUGGCCGUGCCGCCAAGAAGAAGGCCGCAUUACAAGCCGCGGCGGCCGCAGCAGGCGACGUCAACGGCGACAGUCCUUCAGGACUUUCCAAGUGGCCAGGGAGCCCGACGUCACGCAGCAGCGAGGAACUGGACGCCUGGACGGACUUCCGCUCCCGCACUAAUUCCAAUGCCAGCACAGUGAGCGGUCGUCUUUCGCCGAUCCUGGCCAACCCAGAGCUGGACGAGGUCCCCGAUGACGAGCCUCCCCUCUCGCCGAUGCUUUACUCAAGUCCCGGCCGCACUUUGUCUCCAGGCAACGCGGGCAACGGAAAGGCCGCCCCCGCCGAGCUGCCCCGCCUGGCAGACCUGGCCGGCACAAUGAACCUGAAUGACGGACUCGCUGACGAGCUGAUGGAUGAGCUGGAUAACAUCAACUUGUUGCCGAACACUUCAGGGCAAGUCACUUCAAACGGAACCACGGGGUUCACGUUUGUCCCCAAAUCCAACGGGCUGGGCUCAUCUUCCCCCAGCGCCUCACCUUCGUCCAACUCUCCUUCCAACGGCGGAGGAAACUACAGCAACUCCAUCUUCGGCUCCCACGCGCCAGGUUCCUCCUUGCGUCCGUCCCCCAUGCAAACCAUCCAAGAGAACAAACAGACGUCAUUCUCCAGCAUCGGCACUUCCCGCUUUGGUAGUGUGACGCUACAAGAUCUUCUCAACUCUGACAACCACAGCGACGUAAUGAUGACCCAGUCGGACCCUCUCAUGUCGCAGGCCAGCGCUGCUGCCGUGGUGUCGCAGAACUCACGCCGCGGCCUCAUGCUACGCAAUGAUCCUAUCAUGACUUUCGGAACUGCCGGAGGAAUUCAAGGCAACCAAGGGGAGACGCUACAAAGCAACAACCACAACCACAGCGCUGCGAGGUCCAUCAACAGAGGCCUGAAUCUAGCCAACGAGGUGAACGCCCUGACUAACGCCAAACAGCAGCUCCUGCUUUCACCCUUGGGAGGGAACGGCUCCUCCUCCAUGCAGAUCGACACAUCAAUCUUCUUGAACGGGGCGGUGAGCAGCAACGGAGGUGUCUGCCAGGACCGCUUCCCCACAGAUCUGGACCUGGACAUGUUUAACGGCAGCUUGGAGUGCGACAUGGACUCGAUCAUCAGGAACGAGCUGAUGGACGCCGACGGACUUGACUUUAACUUUGACUCCCUGAUCAACAUGAACGGAGUCAGCAACUUCGCAAGCGCCAAGCAGGCUUCUCAGAGCUGGGUACCUGGCUGA